GUGAUGAUCUGAAUAUUGUUACUCGCCACUGCUAUUGGAAUCUUGAGUCUGACAUCAACACGAAUAACCACUAUCUAUCGACACCCACGCAAAACCCACCACAAGCCAGUCACAAAAGACUCCAUUCUUUCAAAAACAACAAAUAAGCACGAAAAUGCAUUACCAAUUUCUUCCCUAUUUUCUCCUUGCUUUUUUCACUUCCCUCCUCCCUGCAUCCGCAUCUCCCCUCUACUACUCCCCAUCCCCAAGAGAUAACAAUCAAAUUCGAUCUACCCGUACUACCAUCUGCCUGAGUGAUUAUUUCGGAGGUUGUUGUGCUAUUGAUGAACACGGCAAUUAUGGUUCUUGUACAAACGCAACCUUACUCGGGUCCAACGUACCAUGGACUGGUAUGCCGACCACCCAAACCGCAAACGAAUGGGCAUGUACAAAUCCAGUCAACGGAACGGUAAGUAGCGCGGGGUGUUGUACGUGGAGUUGGAGUUAUAUCGACACGACUUAUCCCAAUGGAGUGGUGCUUCCUACGCUUCAGAAAUCGAUGGCUUGUACGGCUAGUAAUGCAGGACUCUCAAAAUCCAAGAGAAUGGAAGAUAGCGACGGGGUAAUGAAGCGAGGUUGGGGCGAUGUUUGGUCAUUCUGGUGAAUGUGCAAUGGCGAAUUCGUAAUAAACUGGGACAGUGCGGACCGUCAUAGUCUUUGUUCCUCUCCUGCCCACAUCCUGAUAUACUCGGGUACUAUGAGAAAAGUCCUGCCACGUCGUUUUAUCUCUUUAGCAAGAAGCCUGAUACUUCAGAUACUUUUAGCGUGAGUUGAUGUUAGGCGAAUACAUAUCAUUCUAGAAAGUGAUUUCACUUGAUACAAAAAUGUAAGGA